AUGGCUCGCAAGAAGGUGAAGCUUCAGCGGAUCGUCAUUGAUGUGAAGCAGCGGGUGACAUUCAUGAAGAGUCUCAAGGGCUUGACGAAGAAGGUUAGUGAGUUCGCAACACUAUUUUUCAUGGUGUACGGUGAGGUUGAGGUGCAAGCAACGAAGGUUUGGCCGUCGGUGUGGGAGGUGACCAGAGUUCUCGAGCACUUCAAGGCCAUGCCUCAUCUGUUGCACAGGGUGGAACACGAAGCUGAUGAAAGCGAGACCAAGCUACUCCUCAUUGAAGCCAUCAAUGGCCACCGCUCGAGCCUCGAGGGUCUCACCAUCGAGCAAAUUACCAGCCUCGGAUGGAUGGCAAAUGCACGCCUCAAGAUUGUCAACGACCGCCUCAAGAAGCUCCGUGAGGAAGGCCUUAUACCUGCAUCCGUGUCAUUGUCGAGCAUGGAGGUACCAAUCCAGAGGAAGGGAUGGCUGGUGGAUGUUGUAAGGGGCAUUGGCUCAAUGGGGUACAAUCGGUUCGAAGGUAGCAGCGUAAGCGGCACUGCUGGAUCCAAUGGUGACAUGGCUUAG